GGAAGGCAGACGACGAUGAUCUUCUGCUCUCUCCGAGCAGUCCUCUUCAUCUCUCUGUUCGUCCUCGUUCAGUCAGCGAAGCCCAGAUCCAGAAUCAAAAGCAGAGGGUCCCGCUGGUGGAACCUCGCCCAUUCAGAGGAACCUACGAAUCUCGUCGUGGAUUUCCAGAGGGGCAACUCAGUAACAGGGCCACCUCAUCUGCCACUGCGGAAAAAGCAAAGAAGGCUGGUCCGAGAAAAUCCUGGUGCGAUGGCAGCCAUUGGCAAAGGAGUCCAAGUUGCCAUCGUGGAAUGCAAACACCAGUUUCACAAAAGAAGGUGGAAUUGCCCUACUAUAGAUUACGCUAGAGGGAAAAAUAUAUUUGGAAAAAUAGUUCAGAAAGGUUGCCGAGAGACUGCAUUUCUCUAUGCCAUCACAAGUGCGGGGGUCACUCACGCAAUUGCACGGGCUUGCAGAGAGGGUUUGGUGAGCACAUGCAGCUGCGAUUACAGACGCCGAGGACCCAGUGGCUUGGACUGGGAAUGGGGUGGAUGUAGCGACAACAUCGAUUUCGGGGCCAAGUUCUCAAGGCAGUUUGUUGACGCCGCAGAAAGAGGAAAGGAUUUACGUUACAUAAUGAACCUGCACAACAAUGAGGCAGGAAGAGCGCACGUGGUUGCUGGUAUGCGUCGCCAAUGCAAAUGUCAUGGAAUGUCUGGGAGUUGUACUGUGCAAACUUGCUGGAUGCAGCUGCAGUCUUUCAGGGCAGUAGGAGAAAGUCUCAAAGACAGAUUUGAUGGCGCUUCAAGGGUCCUUGUCACCAACAGAGGGAACGUAAGGCGACGAGCACUUCUCAAGCCUUACCAUCCAGAACACAAACCUCCUUCUAAGAAGGAUCUUGUCUAUUUCGAAAAUUCACCGGACUUUUGCGAUCCAGAUCCUGCGUUAGGACAUGCAGGAACUACAGGUCGUGUGUGCAAUGAAUCAUCCCAAGGAGUUGACGGCUGCGAUCUCAUGUGCUGUGGUCGUGGUUUCAAAACAGAGAACAGAGAGGAAUUGUCCAGAUGUAAUUGUACUUUUCACUGGUGUUGUCAAGUUGAUUGUAAGAUGUGCAAGUCACGAAAACUAGUACACUCGUGCUUAUGAUAAUAGUCUGUAAGUCGAUCCCUCGGUUGCUGCAUAUGUGAGUGUAUAAUCUUCAAAACUUGCUACAAAGUAGCGAAAGUGUUGAUUCUGAAUAAACUGCAAAUCUGAGUUUUCAUGUAAAAAUUAGGUUUAUUGUGUGUUAAAACUCAGGGGAACCUUAUAAAAAUGCUGAAAUGUUUGCAGUGAUACUCAAAACGCACAAACACUUUUGUGUUCCCUAGGGCUCAAGAUUUUACAGCCGAAUAUUCAAAAACAAAAGAAAAAAGGCGAUAAUAAUAUAGAAAAUAACUGUACAAUUAAUGAAAUUAAAAAAAGUUACAGUGGAAAUCUUCUUGCCCUGAGAUACUUUUGAAUUCAUUCAAAUGUUUAUUAACAAAUUGGCGUAACCAGAAAAACCUAAAGGUUAUUCAUAUUGUACUGUAAUGCAUGGAAUAUGACAUAAUGGGUAGGUUACAGUCAUCAGUUAAAUAUUAUUGUGCUUUUUCUAAUAUAAUGUUAAAAAUUUUUAAUGAAUAUUUAAUACAUUCUCUGCAUUUAUUGACAGUAAACGCUUGCUUAUUCCUCAGCACUUUAUACAGUAAACUGCUAUCAUUGUCAAACGUUUCCAGGCAUUUGCAGUCAUAACUAGCUUGCAAUUUUUACUGAAACAAAACUUUUAACUGAAUGAUGUUAGCUAGUGCCAACUAUAAUCGUGAUCUUUGCUUAUUAAGCGCCCAAAUUAAAUUCAACAAAAUACGUUUCUGUACUGAUGUUUGAAAACUAGCCUGGAAUGAUUUACACAUAAGGCAACUUUCAUGUUUGUAGAUAAUGUUAAUGAUGAUUUUGAAAUAAUUAUGUUUAAGCUGUUUUCAUUUUGAUAUGCUACAGUUCUGUGAUAGUAAAAUAAGCAGGAGACCCCAUGGCCAUGAUACAAGACAUACUGAAACUGCUUAAUUCUCCAAGUGAAUACAUAUUUUAAGAUAAGAACUUGAUGAUCACAGAUAUGCAUCACUAACGAUAUGCUGAAAAUAUUAUGUCUGUAUUAUGCUGUAGUAAAGAAUCCUUUGUUUAUCUUUAUGCAUUGAACUGUGGGAAAUCAUGCAUAGAUAGGUAUUUUUAAGACAUUUUUUGGACGCAGUAUUGUGUUUCACCCUAUUUCUGGCUAAGGGAAUCAACGUGUAUAUACUUGCCUACAACUCUGUAUAUUUGAAUUCCAAAAGAGAGGCAUAAGAUAUAAAUAUACCACCAGGCUUGGAUUCUUUAAAUAUUUAUUAAUUUGAAAAAGACUCCAACUUUUUGCUUAAAACAAUUGAGAUUAUUAGUGUGCACUUAACUUUGGAUAUGCCCUUAACUAUCAUGCGAAAAUCGGAAUUAUUGAAAUUAUGUAAUCAUAUUGACUAAAUGCUUUCUCCUUUUACAUUCUGAAACUUUGCUUAGGACUUCAUAAAUUGUAGCAUUUGCAUGAGUUAGUAAUAUGUAAAUUAGUUGUGCAAAUUCCUGUCGUAAUACAACCAGAAAUGUAUGUUAUGUGUAUACAUAUACAUGUGUAGCAUAUUUAAAAAAGUACCUUAUGCUUAAAAUACUGUAAAAAUCGGUAAUAAACUGUUA